GUAAAACUCAAUUUAACAGAGUGGAAUAAAUUAAACAAAAUAAGACGUGAAGGAGCAGAAGCAAGCAUAUCAACAAAAACGCCUUUGAAACGCAAACGCUACAAAAUUGCGUCUGGCGUUACAGUAGAUUGAGAUUUGAACGUGAAAUUCUCCGAGUCCAGAAACAUUCCUCUCCUUCCGUCGUCGUCAAGAAGAUCAAUUUCAUUGAAAUCGAAAGAGUGUGCUUGAAUCACAGCUUAUGCAGACGCUACACCAGUCCCAACUUCUCCAGAAUCCGGCCGAGGCGGCGAACAAUCAGUCUGAAUCGGACGCGCCGCCGAAACAGGUGGCUCAGGCCAUGGAACGACUCAAUCAAGCGGCUAGGGUUAUCGCCGAUAUCCGCCUCGGCGCUGACCGUAUCCUUGAAGCUAUGUUCGUGGCUUCGCAACCUCGUCACACAGACAUGCCUCUUCAGCUCUUUCUCAGAGAAGACGCCUCCAUGCGUCAACAUCUUCAGGAUCUUCGCUUAAUAGGGAAGAAAUUGGAAGAAUCUGGAGUGUUAACUGAAUCACUUAGGUCAAGAAGUAACUCUUGGGGUCUUCACAUGCCUUUGGUUUGUCCAGAUGGUGCAGUCGUUGCUUAUGCUUGGAAAAGACAGCUUGCUGGCCAAGCUGGUGCUUCUGCUGUUGAUAGAACCAGGUUAGCUCUCAAGGCCUUCACGGAUCAGAAAAGACGAUUCUUCCCUCAUAUUGAUGAUGGAUUAAAGAUGGAACCAAGCUCAAAAAAACAUCGUGCCUCCCAUUUGCUAUUAGAAAAUGGAAGAGAGGAGCCGGUUGAUUACAAAACAUUGCCAGAUAUACAAUCGCGUUUAGAGAAGCUGGUUCCGAGUGUGAAGGUGUCUACUUAUGGACGAUUGAACUGGCUUAAAAGAGCUAACUCUUUACCUGGGUCAGGUAGUGAUGAUCCUACAGAAGCAUCGAAACCUAUUUUCCAGAGUUCUAGCAAGCUGAGAUCAGGGUUACAGACUGAAGUUGUCGACAAGAUUGCUGUUAUUGAGUUAUCAUUUCCUUCUCUAUUCAGAGCUAUAGUCUCGUUGAGUCCAGCGGGUUCUGUUGAUCCAGAUGCAGUUGCUUUCUUCUCCCCAGAUGAGGGAGGCAGCUACUUACAUGCGAGAGGCUUCUCGGUUUAUCAUGUUUACAAACACAUAACGGAACAUGCUGCUACAGCCUUGCAAUAUUUCCUCGGCUUUGGUACUGGAACAGCUCUCUACUCUCUUCUGCUAUGGAUAUGCAGUUUUGAAUCCGUAUUUAGCAAACCUUGCACGUAUGCAGACUCUCCGUAAUUCUUCUAAUACAUUUGUUUCCCGUGGACUAACUUUUCAUUUCUCUUCUGAUGAUGCAGUAAAUGUGGAAGGCUAUUAGCAAUGGAUAAAAAGUCUGCGUUAAUCUUACCUCCUUUACACCGCGCUUACCAAGAAUUGCCUCUUGCAUUAAACCUGGACGUUUGUGAAGCUUACCACUCCAGUUGCUCUCAAGAUGAUACCUAGUACUCUAGUGAUUAGGGAGGAUCAAUUAAAAGAAAGGUUAGAAAUAAGUUCUAAUAACAUUUUGUAUGGAUCUUUAGUAUCUGCUCUUCUCCUUGAUAUACCUCUUGUUUGUUGUUGAUGUCCCAUGUUGAGGUUUAGAUUAACUUUCUUUCUUUCUACUCUCUGGUAACAUGUGAAUGUUGUCUUCUUUCUAGAGAUUUGAUCUUUGUUCACGAGAUGACUGAACAGAGACCUUUUUUUUUAACUCGGUUCACAUUACUCUGUUGCAGUCAGCAUCAAAGUGAGAAAAAGACAGUGGGUGUUGAUUUUUGCUUCCGAUCCAGAAAUAUAAAACAUGUUAAAUGC